AUGGACACGUUGAUAGGAAACCAACUCUGCAAUGUCACAUUUGCACCAUCCGUCAUUACACUUCCCGCGUCAAUAGGCUUGUUGCUCUUGGCACCUGUGAGGAUUUUUCAGCUUCGAAAUGAGUCGGUCAAAGUGUCCUUUGGCAAACUGGCGUAUGCCAAACUGACAUUUUCGUCAUUUCUGGUGCUUUUGAAACUAGCACAGCUUGUUGUUACUGUCUGGACAGGUUUCCAAAGGCGGGUUGAGUUGCUUAGCCUCUGUGCAUCCUUGAUCGCGAGUGUCCUGCUCGUGCGGCUAUCUCUCGCGGAGCAUAGACAGUCAAUAAAUCCAUCGACCUUGACGGCAGUCUAUUUAUUGGUAGUGCUGUGUGGUAAUAUGAUUGCUGGCAGCCAAGAACUUGUAUCGUCUCAGCGCUUCAACAGUCGCAUUCUCUCCAAGGCGUUAUGGUGUGCUGAGGUCUUAACUCAGCUGGUCCUUUUGGUCCUUGAGUCCCAGAACAAAGUCAAGGCUACACUCUCCCCUUACAAAAGCACUCCGCCUGAAGAUGCUGCUGGAAUGUUUAGCCGAACGUUCUGGUGGUGGCUUAUGGAUUUGCUGGCGGCAGGAAAGCACAGCAACUUGAGAAUAAGUGACACCCCACGACUGAGUGAAUCGCUGCAGCCGAGACUUGCGCGAACGGGUAUACUACAAGCAUGGAAUAAGAGAGCUAAGUCUGACGAUGGUUAUGUACUACUAAAGGUAGUGGCAGGCAGUUUGACCAAGCCACUGUUGUCGCCAAUCAUCCCACGAGUUUUCGUGACAAUAUUUCGAUGCAGUCAGCCGAUCAUCAUAGCCCGUGCGAUCACAUUCGUGACGAAUAAUCAGGAUGGUGACAUAGACUCAUGCGAAGCGUUCAAGAUAUUCUUUGCUGCAGUGACUGUAUAUUUUGGACUUGCUAUAUCGAAUUCGAUGUAUGUACAUCGGCUGAACAGACUCGAAGUGCUUAUACGAGCCUCCCUUGUGAACCUUGUUUACGAAAAGUCACUGAACCUCAGCCACGAUGGGGCCGACGCCGGUCGAGUGGUCACGAUUAUGAGCACAGAUAUCGACAGUGUGACUGAUAUGGGCAGACUUCUUCAUGCAAGCUGGGGCCAGCUCUUUGAACUUGUGGGUGGUUUGGUGUUGUUGGCAAAAGAGGUAGGCUGGCUGUUUCCAGUGCCGGUGGUUACCAUCUUUAUUGCCUCUCGAAUGAGUCGUUUCGUUGCCCAGAACGUACGUUCUCGAACCAAGACUUGGAAUGACGCCACGCAAGCUAGAAUAUCGACACUGAGCUCUAUCCUCGGAUCAAUGCGUGGCGUGAAAGCAAUGGGUCUAUCUGAUGCUAUCAAAAAGCACGUAGAGAACUUACGUGGAAAAGAGAUUGAUGGCUCCAAGCACGUUAGAUGGAUGCAGGUGGCUUACAAUGCAAGUGCAAAUGCCAAUGGCAUCUUUACUCCUGUCAUUACUGUCGUGUUGUAUGCGAUCUUGGCUGCCUCGAGAGGCGUGCCUCUUGACACCAAGACGGCCUUUACCACUGUAGCAAUUCUGCUUCUGGUAACGCACCCGGCGAAUAUGAUCAUGACAAUUGUACCUAGAGUUAUUGGCUCUUUGGGAAAUGUUGAUCGAAUUCAGUCGUUUUUGCUUGAGUCACCACGGGUUGACUCUAGGAAGAUUAUUCAUGAUGACAAUUAUCCUACUGAACGAGAGAUUGAGACUGGCAUACGUCUUGACGAUGUGACGAUCAGAUUUAGUAAGAAGGCUGCUCCAACACUCAGCAAUAUCGAUUUGGAUCUUCCCAAACACUCUAUUACGAUAUGCGGCGGCCCUACUGGAUGUGGGAAAACCACACUGGCCAAAGCAAUAUUGGGCGAAGUCUCUCCGACACAAGGUGUGGUAACAGUCUCUUCGUCGCGUAUUGCGUAUUGCGACCAGCGGGCUUGGGUUCCAACUGGCACCAUUCGACAAAUUAUUUGUGCUUUUGCAGACGUAGUGGAUGAGAAACUGUACAAAGAGGCGUUGAGAAUCUGCUGUCUUGAUCAUGAUCUUCAAAGGCUGCCUGAUGGGAAUGAGACUGUAGUUGGAAGCAGGGGGUUUAACCUCUCUGGAGGUCAAAGGCAACGACUGGCUUUGGCUCGCAUGGUGUACUCUGGAGCGAGUAUUGCCAUACUAGAUGAUCCGUUUAGCGCUCUGGACGGAACAACUGAGAGCAAAGUAGUCAAGAACUUGCUAGGUAGAGAAGGGUGGUUUCGAAAGGCGAAAGUGACUACUUUUCUUAUCACCAACGCAGCGCAGCACUUUCAAUAUGCGGAUCGAGUUGUUCUUCUGAACAAUUCGCGAGUUGCCAUGCAGGGCGACUGGAGGACCCUGAAGAAUCAUUCUUCAGAGAUGCAAAAGUUUAGUUUCCAAGAAACCGACUCCCCAAAUGUUGAAUCAAAGAGCAAGGUUGUGAAUGGCACCUCGAAGCAAGCCGAGAAGGACGCAGAACAAGAUUUGGGUCGCCGCGUUGGAGACUUGUCCCUCUAUAGUUACUACAUCCGGUCUGUCGGGAUCUGGAACUUCUUACUGCUGGUAGCAUGCACUGCUUUAUUCACCCUCAACAUUUUUACUACUUACUGGUUUAAGUUGUGGACGGAGAGUGAUGGAAACCACACGCUCUACUACAUUUCGGGAUAUGUUUUGUUGACAUUCAUUGCUUGGGCUGCUACUAGCGCGAACUUAUGGAGCACUUAUAUUCUUCUGGCGCCAAGAUCGGGACGAUUGCUCCAUCAAUCACUGCUAGAAACGACUAUUGCAGCACCACUACAGUACUUUUCUUCUACGGAUGUGGGAGUUAUUCUAAACAGAUUCAGCAAAGAUAUCUCGCUUGUAGACAGACAACUCCCUUCCGCAUUGUCGGCUCUGUGUGCUCAAAUCUUCAAAAUGCUGCUUCAGAUCAUACUCCUGGCUCAGGUUCAACGUCCCCUGCUGGCCGCCCUCCCAGUUUGCACACUGGUAGUGUAUUUAGUGCAGAAAGUAUACCUGCGAACGUCCCGUCAACUUCGUGUUUUGGAGCUAGAAUCCCACUCUUCUCUGAAUUCCUGGUUUCUUGAAACCACCGAGGGUCUGCUCUCGAUUCGAGCAUUCAACUGGAUCAAACCCGCGACAGAUAAAAACCUCGAGAAUCUUGAAACGUCUAUCAGGCCUGCCUAUUCACUCGCUUCGCUGCAAUGUUGGCUCAGCCUUAUGCUUGAUCUUAUCGUCAGCUGCAUUGCUGUGGGCAUAAUUUUCAUUGCAGCGGCGUGGAGGAGCGAAACGUCCCCUGGGAAUAUUGGUGUCUCUCUGAACCUGAUUCUUAUAGCUAAUACGACACUCCAAAGACUUGUUGAAUCAUUUACGCAGCUUGAAGUUUCUCUUGGGGCUAUUGCUCGACUUAAAGAAGUUGAGAUGACGACACCGAAGGAGGACAAGGCAGGCGAGGAUCAAGUCCCGGAGUCGUCUUGGCCAGAAACAGGUCGCUUGACAUUGAGUAAAUUUAGUGCGGGAUACGGUGACGGGCAUAUGGUUCUGAAAGAUCUUAAUCUGACCGUUGAAGAAGGUAGAAAACUCGUGAUCUGCGGUCGCACUGGCAGUGGGAAGACUACUAUUGUUUUGGGGCUUCUGCGUCUCAUAGAAAGCUCCGGAAGUGUCGAGAUUGAUCAACACCCACUGUCCCGAAUUCCUCGAAACCUAGUCAGAAGUCGGGCCUUCAUCACAGUCCCACAAGAACCCUUCUUCCUACCUGAUGCGUCCCUCCGCUUCAACUUGGACCCGGACGGUCUAGCUUCAGAGGAAAUGCUUCGUGGCGCUCUUCAAAACGUGGGAAUCUGGGAUGCCGUGUGCGGUAUAAGUCGCGGCAUCGAAUUGGAUCCUCUUUCUCAGCCUGUUUCGAACCUACAGGCACUGUCUGUUGGCCAACUUCAACUCGUAUCUAUGGCAAGCGCCGUAUUAAAGAAGAAUAUACUGAGCCAAGGGUUGGAAUAUGCCGACUUUGGGAGUGACACGCUGUCUCCGAAACCUAUACUCCUUUUGGAUGAAGCAACCUCGUCUUUGGAUACCACCACAGAAGAGGUUAUUUACAACAUAAUCGAGAAUGAGUUUGUUGCAUGCGGUUAUACAGUUGUUAUUGUUGCGCAUAGAAUAAGUGUUUUGGCAAAGACUAUGCGUCCUGGAAAGGACAAGGUGGCGUGGUUGCAGGAUGGGCGAGUUGUCAAGGUCGGAGAUUACGACGAGAUUGCUCAGCUUGCGACUUCGGGUGUAGGGGAUGAGGAAUAA